GGUCUAUCAUCGCUGUUUAUUUUCACGCUCUUCGAAAAAACGCAAAUUCCGCCGAUAAAUCUCAUUCUCUCAUUCCUUCUUCCCUUCCCAUUUUAGGGUUUCACCAUCAACAAAUCCCCCUGGACUCCAAGCUACAGAGCGCGAGCGACCGAGCAAAGGCGUCGUCAAUGGAGUCCUCCGAUUCCUUCGUCUGAAACUUCGGUUUCUUGAAGAAAAAAAAAAAAAACCCGACGAUGCACGACGGAGAUAUGGACGAAGAGAUGGAGGACUUCGUUGGGGGUUAUUUCGAGGUGUCGGAAGUGGAUUUCGAUUACGAGUUCGACGCCUCUCGCUUCUUCGAUUUCACACGGCCGGAAUCUUCCCUCGAGGCUGAGCACGCCGAGCGCUGGUUUGAAUCGGCCCCGAGUUAUCCGCCUUCUCCAUUUGUAAUAAAGUUGAAACGGAGAGAAGUCAUCUCUGUAGAAAAUGGAUACACCUCUCUCAAAUCAAGUGAUGGUGAAAGCAUGAUUUCUAGUAGCAACAACAUGGAUUGUGACAUGGAUCCUGAAGAGUUUGUACAAGAUGAAAAUAAAAAAGGGCCACAAUAUCAUUACCAAAUGGCUCAGGAUAUUCUGAAAACGAAAACAAAGUCUGCGGGACAAUCAUCCAAACCAAGGAGUUCAACUCUAAUGACACCCACAGCAAGUCAUUUGGCCAAGCUAAACAGAGAAAAAGAAGUCCAUUCCAACCGAUUCUUGGGAAGGUCUCAGAAGCCAUUAACUAAAAUAGAUGAGAGAAGUUCAAAGAACUCUCUUGCAGCUGACAGUAAUGCAACGAAAAGGCAAAAACUAGAGAGUGGUUAUUUGCGUAAGGUUGCUCAUCUGAAUCACCAAAGCCUGUUGUCACACAAGUUACCUAAGGUUCGACAAGUAGAUGCUAGCACCUUGAAUACCAGGUUAAAAGUUACUGUACCAAGAGAGCCUGCUCUGGAAACAGCCCAUAGAGCCCAAAGACAUAGGUUCAGGAACAAUUCAGAGUCAGGUGAACAUGAAAAAUCAAAGGCCCCUCCCUUUAAAGCACGACCAUUGAACAGCAAAAUUCUCAAAGCACCUUCAUUGCCCCCUCAAAAAAAGAAGAGCAGACGACAAUCCUCAUUUUUUCAAGUGUUCCAUUUGAAGACAUCAGAGAGGGCUAUGCAACACUCAUCUGCUCAUGCAUUGAACGUGCAGAAUUCUGAAUCCACCGAGAAUGAAAGGCUAAACGGUGAAGAUGCAAGGAAGCACGAUAAGUUUGGAACAAUAAAAAGAGUCAAAGCUAGGCCGCUUAAUAAGAAGAUUGUCUUAAGUAAAAGCAAGGUUGUCACCUACCAGAAUGUCAAAGAAGAAGCCACUGCGGAACUCCAGCUUUCAAAUGAUAAUAGAUUGUCUGACAACCCACCAAUUGAAUUAUUUAACAAGUUGUCCCUGAAAUCCAAUGUGGAGCAUAAUGUGAGAUCUCAGACCAAACCACCUCUGCGCCCUAAGGGACCCAAGGAGAAUGUGCCAGUUUCAUUGAAACAAGAAGUCCGGGGGUAUGGGAGGAAGCAGAGUCAGUGUAACGACGAGUGGAGAAUCCCUGAUAAUGAACCCCGGAUGAACAUCAACAGGAGCAUGGACAUCCGCUGAGAGCAAGAUGAAAAUCCUUAAGGGCUGUGCAUCUUUAGAGGCUCAAUGAGAGGAUUUUGAAUUUUCAAAUUUAUGUUCGCAGAAGUCAGAUCCUCCUUCAAUAAUCAAGCCUGCACUUCGGAUCAAAAGUUUUGUUUGGUCUUAGUUAGGCCUACAUGUAGCAGAACUAAGUGUACAAAUUAAUCCUGAGGUAUAUAUAAAGAGUUUGUUUGUCUUG